UGUGUGAGCCGUUCGCAGGUGUGGAAGGUGUCGACGGGGCAGGUGCAGCGCAAGCUGGACCGCGCGCACUCCAAGGGCGUGACGUGCCUGCAGUUCACGCGCGACAGCUCGCAGCUGCUGUCGGCAUCCUUCGACCGCACCGUGCGCAUCCACGGCCUCAAGUCCGGCAAGGUGCUGAAGGAGUUCCGCGGCCACGCGUCGUUCGUCAACGAGGCGACGUUCACGCCGGACGGGCACGCCGUGCUCAGCGCCUCGUCGGACGGCACUGUGAAGGUGUGGGCGGUGCGCUCGGCCGAGUGCACGGCCACGCUGAAGCCGCUCGGCUCGGGCGAGCCGCCGGUCAACUCGCUGCUGCUGAUGCCCAAAAACCCGGAGCACUUCGUGGUGUGCAACCGCACCAACACCGUGGUGAUCAUGAACAUGCAGGGGCAGAUCGUGCGCUCGCUGUCGAGCGGGCGGCGCGAGGAGGAGGGCGGCGCGCUCGUGUGCGCGGCGCUGGGCGCGCGCGGCCGCCUCGUCUACUGCGCCGGCGAGGACCUCGUGCUCUACGCCUUCUGCGCCGCCAGCGGCAAGCUCGAGCGCACCGUAAACGUGCACGAGAAAGCGGUGAUCGGCAUGACGCACCAUCCUCACCAGAACCUGUUGGCAACGUACAGCGAGGACGGUCUGCUCAAGCUGUGGAAACCCUAGUUUGGCAAGUCGAACCUCUUCGUAAGCUAGCUCCUAUGAAAGUCAUUAGAGAAUAAGAUCAAUAAAAUGUUAAAAAUA